AUGCUCAUUGGUAGAUAUAUUUCAGUGUUACAGCUGCAGACUGAAGUGGAGAGUUUGGCCAUGCGUUUCUUCUACAUGAAGGACGUGAGUAAUGACCUGUCCUCGGACCUCUCCGUCAUGAAGAAUGCCUCACGCAAGGCAGAGACUGAGAAGACUCAAGCAGAGGAGCAGAAGUACAAACAGGAUCUGUAUGUGGAGCGCCUGACCAAGAACAAGGAGAAGCUGACUGAGGAGAUCACCAUGUAUGAGGUGCAGACCGCCGCCCAGUCGGAGGAGACGCAGGCCGCCAGGGAGGCCCUGGGCGAGGCUCAGCUGGAGAUGGAGGCUCUGGAGGUGGAGAAGAAGCAGCUGAUGCAGCAGUGGAACAGCAGUCUGGUUGGCAUGAAGUGGCGAGAUGAGGCCUACACUGCCAUGCAGGACGCUCUCAGGCAGGCCGCUAACGAAGGGCGCUCUCUGGACACCGAGAUCGAGGGCUACAAGAAGUCCAUCACGGGAGAGGAGGAGCGCAACGAGCUGCUGACCGUGCUGAUGAACCGGGCCCAGCUGGACAGCAGCACCUGGCGCAAACUCAUCACGCAGAGCCAGGGCCAGCAGGAGGCGCUGCAGAGCCAGUACAGCACCUACACACGCAUGCUGCACGAGAGCGAGAGCACCUACACGCGCCUCAAUGUGGAGUGUAGUCUGGGUCAGUCAGAGGUGACGGGCCUGAGGAAGCAGGUGGAGAGGGAGUCGGCCGCCCGUCUGGCGCUGGAGGAGAAGGUCAUGAGUAAACUCCAGGAGCAGCUCACCCACGACAGCGCCGCCAAGUUCUCCCGCAGACUCACGGGCAAGAUGGCCGCCCACAAGAGGGACCUGGAGGUGCAGCUGUCUGCGGUGGAGAACGAGCUGGCCCAGGUGUCCCUGGCGGCCAGCGAGGCGAGGCAGCGCGUGGACAACCUGCUCAGGGCUCUGACCCAGCUGGACCAGGAGAUCAGCCGCCGCCACGGCCUGCUGUCGGCCAGCGAGGCCCAGGUCGCCAAGCAGGUCACCGUCAUCGAGCGCAAGCAGGUCACCAUCAACGUCUACCACAAGAAGAUCCAGCAGGUCGUGUCUACCACUGGGCAUGAGGAUCUGGGUCCUCUGGAGAUCAGGGCGAGCACCCUGAGUAAGGAGCUGGACGAGGUGGGGGCCGAGAUCAAUGAGCAGCAGCAGUUCUGGCUGCGGCAGCAGGGGGAGCUAGUGAGGCUGUCUCAGGAGAAACAGGGCCAGAGCUCAGCACUGCAAACUCUCCAGACUCAACUGACCAUCCUGCAGCAGAGGAAAGUACGCACUGAGAGUGAGAUCGAGCAGGAGCGGCGUGAGCAGUCGGAUCUGGAGCGCCACAUGAAGGGCCUGAGGGGAGACAUGCUGAAGCUCAACUCCCUGCUCAGUGAUAACGGCCAGCUGGGCCAGGUCCUGGAGCAGAGCAACAUGCUCAUGGAGAACGAGUUCCUCACCCACCUCAAGGAGGCUGAGAGGGACGCCAUCCAGAUGCAGAUGAGGCUGGAGAAGGUUCAGGAGGAGAAGGAGAGACUGCUCAACAGCCUGGUGGAGUCAGAGAGACAGAUCAUGCUGUGGGAGAAGAAGACCCAGCUGGUGAGAGAGACGCACUUAGCUGUGGACUCCGAGGUCGGACAGGGAGACAUCCACAGCAUGAAGGCUGAGAUCCACCGCAUGGAGGUGCGCUAUACUCAGUUGCUGAAGCAGCAGGAGCAUUUGCUUCGUGAGAUGGAGUCAAUGGUGGCCCGCCGUGAGAGUAUCGUGAGGCGCGGGGAGGCCCAGGCCCGCUGCGACCGCAAGCACACCACACACACUGACCUCCACAACAUCAUGCAGGGCCUGCGGCGCAAGAUCCUCGACACACAGAAGCAAGCGGAGGAGUGUGACGGUGUGGUGGCGGUGCUGAAGGAGUCCCAGGUCUCUCUGAGUAGCCGGCUGAGGGAGGAGCAGCUGCAGGUCACUGAGGUCUGCAGCAUCAGCACCGUGCUGGCCGACGACCUCAACGACCUGCAGGACACCAAAGACCAGAACCUGGCCCUUCUGGUGGCCCUCCAGGGCCAGGCCAAACAGCUGCAGCUGGUGCGGGACGGGCGCUACAGCGCGGUGGCGUCGGGCGAGGGCCCGCUGGCCUCUGCCACGCAGCGGGAGGAGGAGAGGCUGUGCAGUGUGGCCACGGUCCUGCAGCGCGUCUGCCAGGAGCUGCCCGAACACCAGGGGGCGCUGAGGCGCAUCACAAUCACUCUCGGCACACACGUACAGGAAGGCCCAUGAGGGAGGGGAGGGAUUGGGGGGAACUAAUUCAACUCGGGGCAGGAGGAGGGUGGGGAUUGGGGUCCAUCAUCUUAGAGUAGUACCUGCUACAGUAAGUUCAAUAUUUAAGUUGGGGUAUUUGGGUAUUAGAGGGUCAGGGUCAAAGUUGACUUAAAGGUCAACAUAAGGGUUUUGUGCUUUGGGGAGGGGAUAUGAUUAAAGUACUGGGCAGGGGGAUUCUUGAGGGGGAGGUGUGGAUCAUGGAACAACACUUUUGGUUUGUUUUCUUGAGAGGCAUGGCAGCUUUUAACCAGCAGCCACAGACAGCAUAU